AUCCCCCCCUCCACUUCCUCUCGGCCCUUCCGGGGGGAAGCCUCUGUAUCAGCACGUUUUAUAAACAUCACAAUUCAUUUCUCAUGCUGCGGUGAUGAGGGGGGAUUUUAUAACAAGGGCGUUAUAACGACUUUGUCCCGGCUUUGUUGUGAUUCACAUCACUCUCCCGGACUUUAAUUUAAUAUCCUGCGCUGCCAUGGAGGAGGGAGCCACUGAGACGCCGGAGGAGCUGCUGGCAAAGCAGCAUCGCAAGGAGAAGAAGGACUUGCAAGCUAAAAUUCAGAGUCUGAAAAAUGCAGUCCCCAAAAAUGACAAGAAGAGGAGGAAGCAGCUGACAGAGGACAUAGCCAAACUAGAGGCUGAGCUGAACCAGAAACACGAGGAGGAGCUCAAACAGCUCAAAUCCCCAGCAGACACAAAGGUGGGAGAGAUGAUAAAUGGAGUGGAGGCCAUGACAGUGGAGGGUGGAGACCAACAAGAGGUCAAGCAGCCUCGAGUAACCAAGGCCCAGAAGAGAAGGGAUAAGAAGGCAGCCCAAGAGAAGGAGAGGGAGAGCAGAAUAGCCGAGGCGGAGGUGCAGAACCUGCUGGGUGAAAGGCACCAGGAGGGUUUGAAGCUGGCCCAGAAGCUUGCCCAGCGACAGCUGCAGAUCAGGGAGAUCUCCUCCGAUGGCCACUGCAUGUACCGAGCUGUUGAAGACCAGUUGGUGCAGCGAGCAGUGCCGGGGUUAACCCUGGUUCUGAAGGAGUUGCGGUCCCGUACUGCUGAGUACAUGAGAAACCAUGCUGACGACUUCGUCCCUUUCCUCACCAACCCCAACACUGGUGACAUGUACACAGCAGAUGAGUUUGAGAAGUACUGCAGUGAUGUGGAGCACACAGCGGCUUGGGGAGGACAACUGGAGCUGCGAGCGCUGACCCACGUCCUUCAGCUGCCAAUAGAGGUGAUCCAGGCCGACUCCCCCACUAUAAAGAUAGGGGAGGAAUAUGACAGUGAGCCCAUCACCCUUGUUUACAUGCUUCACGCCUACGGACUGGGAGAGCACUACAACUCUGUGGAGCGUCUAAAAGACCCCGCUAAUGAGGAAGACAGCUGAGAGACAGCUCAGUGCUGAUGUGACAACCACAUUGUGUUAACGCUGGGAGUUUUCUCACAUCAAGGGCCCCUGAAUACAAGCGUGUUUGGUCGAAGGAAAUGUUGGCCUGAGAGUAACUGAGAGGUUGCUGCUGUUUUCAGGUUACGUUAACAGAGAAUGGUCCUUUUCUGUGUCGAGGUUGAAAGAUAACACCGGGCAGAAUAGAGUGUAAUAGAAUCUCUGUAUUCUGAAAAUGCUAUCAUUGUGCUAAUUUAAAAAAAAAAAAAAAAAAAAAAAAAAACAGAAUAGGGAAAUUAAACUGUUUUCAUUUUAAACUGCAUCCCUGGGGCCAUCUCACAGACCCCAGGGCCUCCCUGCAGCCCACAUUGAGAACCACUGGUGUAGCGCACUAGCUCCUUCACAGGAUCCAUGUUGGUUGGAGAGCCUUCAAGUGACUGUCGAUUAAGUUUGUUGCCCAGCCAGAAGCCAACAGGUUCACUGAGUGAUUGAAUGAUGAGCUUUUGCAGUGUUUUUAGGGUGAAUUGAAUUGUUGCACAUCACAUCAAUUUUACAUGAACUCGUAUUGAUGAUUUGGAAUUGCAUUGCUUUUGAUUGAGAAUAUUCCUGAUGAGGAAAUGUUACUGAUUGUAUUUAAAGUGAUGUUCUGUUCAAUCUGUGACUGCAAAAGAUGACCAUACUAUACGUGUAAUUCAAGGCAACCAUAACAUAUACAGUAAAACAGCAUAAACGGUU